AUGGAAAAUUCUAACCGAUCACUUGCGACUAUAUACUAUAAAAAGCACAGUGACACUCGUUGGGAAGCAAGAAUAAGUAGUGUUACAGUAGUCCGUUAUGAAAUUAGUACUAUCCAUGAUGCUUUGAUUACUUUGGCUCUUGAAACUCAGAAAACUGAUGUUCAAAUGUCUCAUGAAGCUACUACUCUAGCCGAACAACUAAAAGAUUUCAGCUUCAUAGUUUCAUUGGUUGUUUGGUAUGACAUACUUCAUCAAAUAAAUGUUGUAAGUAAAUCUCCACAGUCAACAGAUAUGGAUCUUGGUAAAUGUACACAAAUGUUGAAAAAAUGCUGCAAUUUUUUGGAAGACUACAGAAAUACGGGCUUUAAAAGCGCUAUUUUAACUGCGAACGAGUUGGCUGAAGAACUAGAAAUUGAGCGUCAAGCUGGUGAAAUUGCACGCGAUGACCCUAUAACUUCUCCAGAAAAAAAAUUUGAGGUUGAAUUUUUCAACUGUCUUUUGGACAUUAAUUUCAAUCAAUGA